CAUUGCGUCGAAUCAUUUAUACACAUGUCAUAAAGACGGAGUAGGUCUAAUAAAAUUGGACGAUUAUAGCGAUUUUUAUAUCAAACUGAAGUUUGUACGCCAUUUUUUGUUCUCUUUUGAAUUCAAUUACCGAUUAUAGGAAUACAGGUAUUCUGUAUGUGAUCGAAUUACAGUCAUUUAUUUGACUCUGUACAACGCAAUUUUGUAUACGCUCGUUAUUUUGAAAUAACUGUCACUCUGAAUGUUCAAGGAGUUCAAAGUUUUCGUUUAACGAUCUGACAGCAUGUUACGAUCAUGUUGCCACAUAAAUUUACAGUAUUUUUAAUUCGUGAAAUAUCAAAAAUCGAUAAAAAAGUUCCGUGCUUCUGUCGUUAUCUGUCAAAGAAAAUAUGUCCUACGGAAAAAUCCUCGUGUAAAUUACCAAAGGAAAAAAUUGGUGGUCGAAUAAUUCGUAAUCGAUGUAUGGAAUACAAAAAGUCUCUUGAGAAAUGUCCAAAAAAAUCAUUUGACGAGUUAUGCUGCAAGAAGCUUUUCGAAAAAGCGUUGCCAAAAUGCGAAAAUACAACGUCGUCAGAUGAUUACAGGAAGGCUCACGUGUCGAUAAAGAUUCGUGCGAAUAAAAUUAUGAAUUACGUGGAAGAGUCGGUGAAGGCAAUUCGCAAGGAAUUAGAGGAGGAACUGAAAGUUGCAAGAAACGAAGAGACGUCAAAGAUGCAUAAUAUUUUACAAAGCGUCGAGUACAAAGCAGUGAGAUUAUCGGAAAUGGAUCCGCAUUGUGGAAUGUCUAAGAAAAACGAUAUUCUAAUGUUGAACGAUAAAGCAAAACGAGAAUUAAAUGUUUGGCAGUGCGACAGUGCUCCUGGUAUCCGAAAGAUCAAAUCAGACCUAUCAAAACUUGAGCAAGAUGCAAAAUUCAAAGGAGAAACGGCAAUGGCGUUGAUACAGUGCUGUCGCAAUUGCAGGUCGCCGUUAGCUUUAAAGGAAUGCAUAAAAAAGAAUGCAGAAGAAGCCAUGAAAAUAAUCGAAGCAGCAAACACCGAGGCGAGGAAACGUCUAAACGUUAUUAGAGAAUUAAAAAACACGACAUUCAAAGAAAACCGCGCAGCAGCCUCCGAAAUCACAAAAUGGUACGAGAAAGAAAUGAGGGAUAUGUCAAAUCACUUAUCAGACUGUAUCGAGGGUAUUAUAAAAGCACGACGUACUAAUAAAUCGAGACCUUCAUAAAUAUCGUUCUCAUUG